CUUCCGUGGAUUCAGGGCACCGCGCUAUAAGUGUCGCCUCGACCCUGCUUGCGAAAGCACGGCAGCUUGUCUAGAGAUUUCAGCAGUAUCGUCGGCUAGUCCAAACUGAAGCAAGGGAGGUCGGGCGGCAUGGAGUCGGGCAAGGAGGCCGCGGUGAACGCCGGCGCGUCGGCGCGCGCCGGCAUGGAGAAGACGAGGGCCGCCGUGCAGGGGCAGGUGGACAAGGCCGCGGCGUACACGACAGGGCACAGGGAGGCGGCGGUGGUGAACAAGGAGGCGGCCGAGGUGAAGAAGCAGCAGCGGAUUCACGCCGCCGAGGAGGAGAAGCAGCGCGCCGUGCGGGGCCACGCCGCCGCCAAGGAGUGCGCAGAGACGGAGGACCGCCACGGCGGCCACGGUGACGAAUGAGGCGCGCGCGCGUCGCCGAGGCACGGCGGCGUAUGACCAGAGCGACCGGCGCAGUGAUCCAGCUAUACGUAUUCUUUUUUAUUUUUAGGGACAGUUCAUGUGGUGUUGACUGUGUCGUGUGUGCUUUCCGUAACUCGGGUAUUGGUGACGUUUCCCGCUGCUGCUUGUGAUCUGUAAUCGAACGAGAUGUGUGUAUACAAUUGUUAGAUAAGUA